UUUCAGACUUGGGAGAGCCAUGAGGACUAGCGGCUGGGUGUUCCCCCUGUUCCUUUUGCAUCUGAGCUCUUCUCAUGUCCUGCACUGGACCUACAAAGGGGAACUGGAUGAAGUCCACUGGGGAAAUCACUUCCCAGACUGCCUCGGGAAGCGUCAGUCCCCCAUUGACAUUCGGAAGAGGUCUGUCCAAUACUCUCCGGAACUAGAACCGCUGGAGCUCCACGGCUAUGCUGGGCCCCUGCAAGGAACCUUCACCAUGACUAACAACGGGCAUUCAGUCCAGAUAGACCUUCCUUCAACCAUGACCAUCACCAAAGGGCUACCUGGGACCUUCACGGCUGUCCAGUUCCAUUUCCAUUGGGGAGGAAUGGAUCUUGAGACCAGUGGCUCGGAACACACAGUAGAUGGGAUGAGGUACAUUGCCGAGCUGCAUAUCGUCCAUUACAACUCAGCCAAGUAUGCAAGCAUUGAGCAAGCGAAGGUUCAACAGGAUGGCUUGGCAGUUCUGGCUUUUCUCUUCGCGGAUGGCAACCUAGAAAACACUUACUAUAGCGACUUCAUUGCCAACUUGGCCAAAAUCAAGUAUGCAGGGCAGUCAACUACACUCAACACUCUGGAUCUCCUGUCCAUGCUUCCAGAAAACCUUGCCAAUUUCUAUAGAUACCAGGGCUCUCUGACCACACCUCCCUGCACAGAGAACGUGAUUUGGACUAUAUUUGAUUCACCCAUCAAGCUGUCUCACACGCAGGUUAAGCUGCUGGAGAACGCCUUAUUGGACUGGGAGAACAAUACCCUGAGGAACGAUUACCGCCACGUCCAGCCCCUCAAUGACCGGAUAGUCCAAUCGUCUUUCCAAGCCAAGGUUACCAAAGAAAUGUGUCACCCGUCAACUGUCUCUUCCACCCUUGAUGAAAUACGGACUCAGCUGCAGGCGAUGAAGAAGCACGUUCUGGCUAUCAUGGGGAAACCUGGUCACAUCCCGGUCCACACCCAAGCCCUUUACUUCUCCCGCGACAACACGGCCAGCUACGCCGAGGUGCGCCCCCUGCAGGCCAUGAUGCUCAAAACCUUCACGCUUUGCUUCUGGGCCCAGAACCUGAACGAAGGGCGGCAAACGGUCUUCUUCUACUCCACCCCGGAGAGGGACAACGAGUUGGUGGUCACCGUGGGCAUCGGCGUGGGCGUGUCCAUUGGGGGCACCUCGGUGCAGUUCGACUUGCACCGCAAGUCCGAGGAGUGGGUCCACCACUGCGUCACCUGGGCCUCCGACUCGGGCACUGUCAACCUGUGGGUCAACGGAGCCAAGGGCACGGUCAAGAACGUCCAGAGAGGCUACGUGAUCCAGAGUGGCGGGAAGGCGCUCCUUGGGAAAUACAAGAACCCUGUGAUGGACAUCUUCGCCAACCCAUUUUCUGGAUGGAUGAGCCACGUCAACCUCUGGAGCAGCCUCCUGGACAACGACGACGUCCAGGAGCUCACUUUGUGCAAACAUGACAACCAGAAGGGGGAUAUCAUAUCUUGGGGCGAAACACCCAUGACCUUGUGGGGGGGAGUUGUGGUGGAUGCUGACACCAGCUGCGGGUGAUUCUCGCUGAUCAGGCAUGAAUCCGUGCUGAGAGGUUUAAAAAAACCAACCCCUGUUUGGUUGGGACGCAAAUGUAGUCUUUACUCCCCACCUUUCCUUCAAGAUAUCCAGAUUAUAGACUGAUUCUCCUUCCACGCUGAGAGCUUCUCUAGGUCUUCUAAGGACUGGGCCAGAUCCUUGAGGGGAGAGGAGGGGAUAUUCUCGUUGCAGGAAAAUCUCACCAUGCAAUGAAGAGAAUGCCCCGUAAUUCUUUCAUGUUUAUUACCGAUUAUGUCAGCAUGGAAUGGAAAUGAACACAAACUGCAGGAGAGGGCGAGAGGCGGAGAGAAAAAAACCUCAUUCUGGUUGUACUCAAUUUUGUGUUGUUUGGCGGCCUGUUUGUGAGAUCAUGUAGAAUUUUCUGCGUUUCAGAUACUUCUCCCUGCAUAGCAUGAUAAUCCUUGUAGCGAGGGACCCUGGGAGAAGUAAAGGUAAACCACCUGUUUGUGCCACACAGAGUCCUCCUUAGCAAGGCACUGAUGAGAGAUAGACAAACCUUAGAUUAGCUGGCAGGUUUAGCCCUGUGUGGCUGUGAGGGGUGGGAAGGAGACCCCCACCCUCUUCCCAUCCCCAUCAAGUUUGGGUCACAUCCUCACCAUUCAUUGAAUGCUGCCCUUACGCCACUCUCUUCCCCCAGAGAAUCUUUGGAGCUGUAGUUUAAGGGUGCUGGGAACUAUAGCUCUGCAAGGGGUUUCCUAACCACUCUCGGCACCCUUAACAAACUACUGUUCCCAGGAUUACUUUGGGGGAAGCCAUGCCUUGUUAAAAAGCAGUGUAAGAGUGCAUUAAAUGUAUAGUGUGUGAUGACUAGCUAUCUGCCUAAACAUUUUGCAUGAUUCAGAGCCAUCCUAGAUCCCUGCUUGGGUGUUCUCUUAAGUCCUGAAAACAUGUCCUCCAGGAGACAGGCUUUCAUAUCUGCAUGCGUGUCAUUGAUGCCACAUCUGUACUUCAUAGGAUCCUGGUGUGUGUGUGUGUGUGUGUGUGUGUGUGUGUGUGUGUGUUGGUGACAUUGUUUCAAAAUACGCAACUGAAUCUUAUUUCAUGCAUGGAUAGACAUAUAUACUUCCUGAUAUAUGGUUACUGCCAUUUUGUUUCGGAAGGGAAGAUAAGCCUGCAGGCGUGAUCCUGAGAAAAACCACAUUUGAAUUUAAAUCAGAGAGGUUUGCAGACCUCCAAGCAUUGAUUGGAUAAAUCAUCUGGGUGUGAUCCGAGUGCUGAGCUUAGGUUUAUGAAAACAGGAGGACACAGGCCUCUCUUUGAAGCAAAAUUAUUUGCAAAACCCCUUAGGGCCCAACCUCAAUCAACUCCACCUGGGAAACUGGAGAGGGGAUUAAAUCAAUGCUGUGUGCAUUUCAUGGCAAAACAAACAUGUUUGGGGUUUUCGUUUUCUUCUUUUGCUCGUAGAGGCAGUACAACCAUGUUAUAAUGAUAAUAAAGUAUGCACCAGUUAAA